UCUUGAACGCAUCUUUGUUCCACCUGCAGUCAGCGGAGGUUCAGAUGGGAGGCGGUUUUUCUUUGGAUAGGAAGGACUCUUCCAGUAAAAACGCAGAUUUACUCAGUGCGGCUCGGUGCCUAUUUGGGCGCCAUGGCUAAAUUGAUGUGUAUUUCUAAAAACAUCCCUUGGCGGCUGUGUCCAGAGCAUUAGGGCUCGCCUGUUGGUGCUGAUUCGGCCUGCCGUCCUGAGCUCUGUCUGCAGCGUCUAGAUGCCUUGGCUGAGAUGAGUGUGAAGGCCUUUGAGCUUGUCCCCGCUGUGGAGCGCGACCUCCUCAUGGGCGACAAAGCUCGGAUCAACAUUGAGUGCAUCGAAUACUGCGGAAAGCACCUGUACGUGGGCACCAAUGACUGCUUCAUCCACCACUUCUUGCUGGACGAGGUCACUUCUUCCAAAGGCAAACUGAGCUACUCAGCCCAGAAGCUGCUUCACAAAUACCUCGGCCUCAAAAAACCGGUUGCCGAGCUGCGCGCCGCUUCUGCUUUGGAGCGACUCAUAGUGCUUUGCGACGGGAUAGUGUUCCUCAUCGACAUGGUGACACUGGAGUCUGUUCCUUCGGCAGCUGGCGGUGGGGUCAAAAUCAGAGGCGUGACUGCGUUCUGCGUUAACGAGAACCCCGUCAACGGGGAUCCGUUCUGCGUGGAAAUGGCCGUGCUGUCGUCCAAGAGGCGGACAGUUCAGAUUUACAUGGUCUAUGAGGACAGAGUGCAGUUGAUCAAAGAGGUGAAUUCUCCGGAGCAGCCCUGCGUUGUCAGUAUUGAUGGAUACUUCUUGUGCUUGGCCCUCACAACGCAGUACAUGAUCCUGAACUACAACACAGGAGCUUCGCAGGACCUCUUCCCUUACAACAGCGAGGAGAGGAGACCUAUUGUGAAGAGGAUCAGCCGGGAGGAGUUCCUCCUUGCAGCUCCGGGUGGUCUCGGGAUGUUCGCCAACUCAGAGGGCGCUUCUCAGCGGGCUCCGGUCAAUUGGUCGGAGAGCGUGAUCGCUGCCGCUGUGUGUUUUCCGUAUGUGGUUGCUUUGGACGAGAACUUCAUCACCAUCCACAGCAUGUUGGACCAACAACUGAAACAGACUCUUUCAUUCAGGGAUGGACACGUCCUGCAAGAUUUUGAAGGUAAAGUCAUGCUGGCUUCCACUAAGGCUGUUUACGUCCUGGUUCCUCUGCCACUGGAGAGGCAGAUUCAAGACUUACUGGCCAGUCACAGAGUGGAGGAAGCUCUGGUCCUAACAGAGGGGGCUCAGAGAAAUAUUCCCAAAGACAAGUUCCAGAUUUUGCACAGAAGAAUCCUUCAGCAGGCGGGUUUCAUAAAGUUUGGCCAGCUUCAGUUCCUGGACGCUAAAGAACACUUCAGGAAGGGACAGCUGGAUGUCAGGGAGCUCAUAUCUCUCUACCCCUUACUGCUACCAGCUUCCUCCUCGUUCAUGCGCUGCCACCCUCCUCUUCAUGAGUUUGCAGAUCUCAACCAUCUGGCCCAAGGUGACCAAGAAAAAGUGCUGCAAUGCAAGAAGUUCCUUAUCAGUUAUUUAGGAGAGGUUCGCAGCACAGACGUGGUGAAUGGCUGCAGAGACGACGUGGACACGGCUCUGUUAAAGCUCUAUGCCGAGCAGGAUCAUGACAGUCUGCUAGAUCUGCUGGCGUCAGACAAUUCCUGUGUGCUCACAGAUAGCAUUCCAUGGCUAGAGAAAUAUCACAAAUAUUUUGCACUUGGGCUGCUCUAUCAUUUUAAUGGUCAGGAUGCAGCAGCACUACAGCUGUGGAUUCGCAUUGUAGACGGCGAACUACAGGACUGUACAAGAUCGGGUCUGUACGAGUACAUUGUGGACUUUCUCUGCUGCUCUUCCAAUAUGAAGAUGGUGUGGAAGUAUGCAGACUGGGCCUUGCGGAAGGAUCCCACUACGGGUGUUCACAUCUUUACUAAGAGGCCUGUCUCCAAAGGUCGAUCAGAGGUGAACCCAGACGAGGUCAUCACCUACCUGGGAAAGCACAGCCAGGCUCUGCUUCUCUACUUGGAACACCUGGUGUUGAAGAGAAAAAUACAGAAGGAGAAGUUCCACACACACCUGGCUGUGUUGUACCUGGACAGGGUCAUGUUGUUGCUGUCAGAGUCACCAACAGAUGAGGGGCAGCUGACCAAAGCCAGGGAGAAGCUCCAAGCCAUGCUCAGGGAGUCCAGCUUAUAUCGUGUACAGUUUGUUUUAGGUAAAAUGGAGAACUGUGAAAAACUGCUGCUAGAGCGUGCAACACUACAUGGGAAACUAGAGGAGCACGACAAAGCACUGCACCUGCUGGUGCACAAACUCAGAGACUUCCCGUCCGCAGAGGCCUUCUGCAUCUGGGCCUCGUCCAGUCGAGAUCCUGCGUAUCGGCAGCAGCUGUUUCACCUUCUCCUGGGUGUCUACCUUGAUGGCAGCCCUCCUGGAAAAGCCCAAGGGGCCUGUGGCAGCAGGAGUGAGAUGGAGAUAGCCGCCGUGGAUCUCUUAAACAGGCACGGCGAGGUGUUCGAUGCCCUCCGCGUUCUACAGAUGCUCCCGGAAAACUGGUCGCUGCAGCUGCUGCGGCCUUUCCUAAACCGAGCCGUCAGGGCCAGCAUGCACACCAGCCGUACCUCCCAGAUCGCAUUGGGACUCACCCGCUCCGAGAACGUGCAGCUGCUGCAUGACAGGUUGAAGGAGCGAAGGAAACCGAUCCUCGUGUCAGAAAAGAAGGGAUGCCACUUGUGCCACAACACCUUCAGUGAGCCGAAUGUGGUUUGUCUGCCCGGAGGAGUGCCUGUCCACAUCCACUGUGCCGCACAGAGAGUUCGAGACUCUCCCACUAAGAAACUGUUAACCAAUUGCAGUAAGCACACGUGAGACUAGACAUUUCACACCACUGUCUGAUGUGUGAUUGGAGGCACUGAGCUGCAGCAGGAUGCACUGAGACAUUGGAUGGCUGCCACCUGUUGGGAGAACAAAGGACAGACGAGGAUCCAGUUUCAACCGUGGGGCGAACAACACGAAGGGAGCCAGCUCAGUGUGACUGUGUCUUAAAGAACAGAUUACUUCUGCUGUUUAUUCGUGUGCUGCAGCGCUACCACACGUUCUGACUUGAAAGUUGAGCUCAGCUUCUUUCUGUGUCCGUCCCGUCUUCACUCAAAUAGUUAAAAUCGUAAAUUAGAGAAACUGAUUUAACAACAGAAGAGGUUCAAAUAUUUCUGAAGCAUGAAAUAAUACCAGAACCCCUACGGUUUUUGUCCAGUCAGUGUGUAUAGUAAUACUGUCCUAAUGUGUGCAAUGCACGUUAGAUUUUAUUGUAAAAUACUACACACAGACACUUUGUGUCGUGUCUUUUACAAGAGCUGGUGUCUCUGCUGCCGCUUCCCCUCCUCAUCUAUAACAUCAGUCGUUCCUGUAUUACAGUGUUGUACUUGGUAACCUGCCAGCAACAGUUUGAUCCGACAUCAUUACAUUUUGAUCAUUAUUCAAGUAAAAAAGCUCGUCACCUGGUCAAGUAUGAGGAAAAGAUACGGGAUUGUUCAUGGAGAAAUGUACAUUUCAAUGUAGCUUCAGCUGCACAUGGGGGAAAUAAAUAAAAAAGUAAAACUUGUACAAUUGAUUAAAUGUUAUAUUCUCAGUGAACAUAUGGGCAAAAAUCUUAUUGUCUUGUUUUAACUAAUAAAAAGUGAUUUCCAAUGCUG